AUGGCCAUCACUGCCGCCCCUGAGCACGUUGGCUGCUUCACGUUGAGCCGGAUGGAGGUGUUCCUUCGCAACCGGAUCACCGACAACCCCAGAGCUUCGACACUCGUGCGGGUGAACAGCAAGGCCGACAUGACCCCCCAGGAGUGUGUUGGUAUCUGUGCCGGUGGGGGAAGCGUUGUAUUCGCGGUCAGCAGAUGCGACCUGUUCACCAGCUUGUCGGAAGCAGACUCUGCCGGUUUCCUCGGCGGCAGGGGUAAUGGCGUGUGCAAUUCCCCGUGCACCGGCGACGCUUCAUAA